ACAGCGACUUCCGGCGCGGAGGGGACUACAAUUCCCGUGGUGGGCGUCGAAGGAGAAGGGGAAAGGCCGUUAAGUCGGGCAGUGAAGAGGCAGUUAGUUGGCGGAAGGAAGGAAGGAAGGAAGAGAGGAAGGGAGGAAGCAAGGAAGCGGAGGCCGGUUCUGUCAGGUUCUGUCAGGUGUUGGAAGGAGAAGGAAGGAAAGAAGGAGCAGGGGGAGAGAGGGGAUGAGCCCGUGAGGGGGCGAGAAGGCCGGGAGAGAGUGGAGCGAGGCGGGAAGCGAUGUCUCAGCCGCCUCAGCCGGACCCGCCGGCGGCCUCCUCUUCCUCGUCGUCGUCGUCGUCGAAGCGCGACCGGCGCAUCUUCUCGGGGACGUGCCCGGAGCCCAAGUGCGGGGCGCGGCUGUUCUUCCCGGCGGUGCAGGGGGGCCCGCUGAGCGCCGGGAGCGUGGAGUGCACGGACUGCGGGCGGCGGCACGAGGGGCGGCAGCUGCUCUCCGUGGAGGAGGUCACCGACCCGGACCUGGUGCUGCACAACCUGCUCCGGAGCGCGCUGCUGGGCGUGAGCGGGGCCGGCCCCCCGCGGAAGAGCACCGAGCCCGUCAAAGUCAUGGGCCUGUCCAACUACCACUGCAAGCUGCUCUCCCCCAUCCUGGCCCGCUACGGCAUGGACAAGCAGACGGGAAAGGCCAAGCUGCUGACCGAAAUGAAGCAAGGCGACGUCUUCGACUGCAGCCUGCUGGGAGACCGGGCCUUCCUCAUCGAGCCCGAGCACGUGGACACCGUGGGCUACGGCAAGGACCGCUCCGGCAGCCUGCUCUACCUGCAGGACACGCUGGAGGACAUCCGCCGGGCCAACCGCAACCAGGAGGAGUGCCUGGUCCCGGUGCACGUGGACGGCGACGGGCACUGCCUGGUCCACGCCGUCUCCCGGGCGCUGGUGGGCCGGGAGCUCUUCUGGCACGCCCUGCGGGAGAACCUCAAGGCCCACUUUGUGGAGAACCUGGCCCGCUACAAGGUGCUCUUCCACGACUUCAUCGACGCCGCCGAGUGGGACGACAUCGUCAACGAGUGCGACCCGCUCUUCGUGCCCCCCGAGGGCGUCCCCAUGGGCCUGCGCAACAUCCACAUCUUCGGCCUGGCCAACGUCCUGCGCCGGCCCAUCAUCCUCCUGGACUCCCUCAGCGGGAUGCGCAGCUCAGGCGACUACUCCGCCACCUUCCUGCCCGGCUUGGUCCCGGAGGAGAAGUGCACGGGGAAGGACGGUACGCUCAACAAGCCCAUCUGCAUCGCCUGGAGCAGCUCGGGGCGUAACCAUUACAUCCCCUUGGUGGGGAUCAAAGGUGCUGCUUUGCCGAAAUUGCCUCUGAAACUGCUUCCCAAAGCGUGGGGAGUGCCUCAGGACCUUAUUAAGAAGUACAUCAAGCUGGAAGAGGAUGGCAGCUGCGUGAUCGGAGGGGAUCGGAGUUUGCAAGACAAGUACUUGAUGAGGCUCGUUGCCGCCAUGGAGGAAGUGUUUAUGGAUAAGCAUGGCAUUCACCCGAGUUUAGUGGCCGACGUACAUCAAUAUUUCUACAGACGAACUGGUGUAAUUGGAGUUCAGCCUGAUGAUGUUACGGCCGCCGCUAAAAAAGCCGUGAUGGACAACCGCCUUCACAAGUGUCUGAUCUGUGGUGCACUUUCAGAACUCCACGUUCCUCCCGAGUGGUUGGCUCCAGGGGGGAAACUGUAUAAUCUAGCAAAAACUACCCAUGGCCAGCUAAGACCAGACAAAAACUACAGUUUCCCCCUUAACAGCUUAGUGUGCUCCUAUAACCCUGUGAAGGAUGUACUUGUCCCAGACUAUGGUCUGAGUAGCCUGACUGCUUGUAAUUUGUGCCAUGGCACCUUGGUGCGUCGUGUGAGGAGUGAUGGCUCUGUUGUGUAUUUGGAUGGGGAUAGAACAAAUACUAAAUCCACAGGUGGCAAAUGUGGCUGUGGAUUUAAGCAUUUUUGGGAAGGCAAAGAGUAUGACAAUCUCCCCGAAGCUUUCCCUAUUACUUUGGAGUGGGGCGGGAGAGUGGUGAGAGAGACCGUGUACUGGUUCCAGUAUGAGAGUGAUCAAUCUCUGAACAGCAAUGUAUAUGAUGUUGCAAUGAAACUUGUUACUAAGCAUUUUCCGGGAGAAUUUGGGAGCGAGAUUCUUGUCCAAAAGGUUGUCAAUACAAUUCUACAUCAGACGGCCAAAAAGAACCCCGAUGAUUAUACCCCUGUAAACAUUGAUGGUGCUCAUGCCAGAAGAGCUGAUGAUGUGCAACAAGGGCAGGACUUGGAAUCUCAGCUUCCAACUAAAAUUAUUCUUACGGGGCAGAAAACAAAAACGCUGCACAAAGAAGAGUUGACCAUGAGUAAGACCGAAAGAAGCAUUCAGCAAAACAUUGCAGAGCAAGCGCCUAUAAUGCAGAAGCGGAAAACGGACAAAUUGAAACAGGUGCAGAAAGGGCCAACUCGAACUACUUCCCCAGGUGCUGUCCCUGACGGGUCAUCUUCUGCACCCGCUACCCCAACCAAGACUCCUUAUUCCCCAACAUCUACAAAAGAAAAGAAAAUACGUAUAACAACAAAUGAUGGGCGGCAGGCCAUGCUCAAUUUGAAGUCCACAACAACAUUUGUCGAAUUGCAAGAGAGCAUUGCUAGAGAAUUUAGUAUUCCUUCCCAUUUGCAGUGUAUCCGUUUUGGCUUCCCUCCCAAAGAACUUUUGCCACCCAAAGAAGGGCAGGAAAAUGAACCUGUUCCUCUGCUGCAUGGAGAUAGAAUAACUGUAGAGAUCCUAAAAGGGAAGGAGGAUAUUAGCCAGACGACUUCAGUGCACUCAGCCCAUGCUGUGAAACAUGAUGAUGUUGCAGUAACUAGUAAAAUUUCUUCCAAGGAACUCCAGGAGCAAAUUGACAAGGAGAUGUAUUCUUUGUGUCUUCUAGCAACAUUUAUGGGUGAAGAUGUAUGGUCUUAUGCAAAAGGGCUUCCUCACUUGUUCCAGCAGGGUGGUGUGUUCUACAAUAUAAUGAAGAAAACAAUGGGCCUGGCUGAUGGUAACCACUGUACUUUUCCAUAUUUGCCUGGCAAGACCUUUGUUUACAAUGCUGCAGAAGAUAGGUUGGAACUCUGUGUCGAUGCUGCUGGGCAUUUCCCUGUUGGUUCUGAUGUUGAAGACUUGGUUAAGGAGGCACUAAGUCAAGUGCGUGCUGAGGCUUCUUCAAGAAGCAGAGAAGGCAGUCCUUCACAUGGGGUCCUAAAAUUAGGGAGUGGUGGAGUUGUUAAAAAGAAGUCAGAGCAACUUCAUAAUGUAACUGCAUUUCAAGGAAAAGGCCAUUCUCUGGGAACUGCAACUGGCACUCAGCAACAUCAUCAAAGAGCAAGGGAAGCUCCACUUUCAAGAAAGCAAAGCUCAAGCCUAGAUUUCAGUCCCAGUUCCACUAAAUCUGAGCCUCCUGUGUUUGGAGGCGAUUCUGGAAACAGUGAUCUUAUACGGAUAGCUCCUGGAGUUGGAACAAUGAGAGACAGCAGGCAGCUGGAUCCUAGUUUGAUUGAAGCACAGAGAAAAAAGUUGCAGGAAAUGGUUUCUUCGAUUCAAGCUUCAAUGGAUAGACACAUGCGGGAUCAGAAUACUGAGCAAUCGGCAACAAAUGAUUUCUCUCAAAGGAAACUGGAAGCAGCAAGUUCAUCUAUUAAAACAAGGGGCCCUCAGACUGGUUUGCCUGAGUCAUUUACAUUAUCAAGCAGCAGUGGACAUCUGAAUACAGAACCAACGGAUAGUAACAUGUCAAACGCGGUGGGAACAACAUUCCCCACGAGAUCAAAAGCUCAAAAAGGAAACUCUGUUGAAGAACCUGAAGAGAUGGAUAGUCAAGAUACAGAAAUCAGUAAUACAACUGAGCCAAUGGAUCAUUCUUGAAUAAUUCACAGCUGAUAAAGAGAUGAGAAAUUACUGUGCAACUGUAAUAUUUGUUGGCUGGGCCACAUAAAUUUAGUCAUUGAAUCUUGUAUGUUUCAAAGAUUAUCUUACUCAUUGCAUGAUAGCAAGUAUGUGAUAGACAAUAGCUUUUAAUAUGCCAUUAUUCUGCCCAGGGUAGCUCUCGGUUACUGUAAAGUAGUUAUUAGGAUAUGCACUGAGAUGAAAAGCUGCUGUAGAUGUGGGUUAAUUUUUGGAUUAUUUUAAUUCCAUUAAUGUCUUAAUUUUUCAGCUCAUGUGAAAUUACUAUAUUUUCAGAUUAGUAUGUGAAAACAAAAUCUGGCAAAUGUAGAAUGUUUUGUCAGAUAUUGAUUCAUUCAGAAAUCCAGCAUAAAGAGACAUUCCUUUAUCUGAAGACUUGCACUCAUUCAGAUUUUCCUAAAAUACCCAAACAUACUCAUUGAGAUCUUUUUAAAGUUCUAAAUUUAAGGAAUGAUAGGCAAAAGCACUAUUUAGUAUAAAAUGAAGCUGAAGCAAAGGGGAUGUAGAAAUGCAUGGCAGUCUGGGCCAGCGCAGUUUUGUCAUUACUCUGUUGGCAAGUGAUUGCAUGUUCAGUUUUGAGCUGAUAAGGUAACAUUAUGUGUUUUACAUUCAAAGGCAACUGUUUUAAGAAACUACAGCAGGCUAAAUAAAAUUGGUUUGUGCAAGAACAAUUUGAUAAGCAUCUGCCAGUUAUCUCUGCUGGCAAUUAAUAUUUCCUGAGCAUGUUGGAUUAAUGGGAUUUUUUCCUCAAUGAUAUGAUAAAUCAAUUUUAAGCUCCCUGGGAAUUGUUUAAGGUCGAUUGUUUUAUGCACUACUUUGGUCAACUGCAUCCACUAAAACAGCCUAUUCAUCUGCUGUACAGUGCUAAUUUUUAAGAAGCAGCUAUUGUAUUUUCUCCAUAACGAUAGAAUGUUUAUCUUGAUACUAAUGUUGCACUUUUGCCUCUUUGCAUAUUUCUACUUUAUGUGCAUUAUUACUACUUCAUCAGAUGAAAAUGAAUUUGAAAUGGGGAAAAAUUAUUCAAAAGGAUAUAGAAAUCUCAGAUGCUUAGUUACUGAAGUAAGUGCUAGUGCUCACACAAAUUUCACCUGUUCCACAGCUAUUAAGUUUGUAUUAUAACUGUUUGUACUCUGAAAAUAUGCUCACAUUUUAUGCAGUUAGAAUCACACAAGAAAAAUUUGAAACAAUGUCCCAUUGUAAUUAAAGAUUUUUAUUUUUUUAUAUGGGAAAUUAAUUGAUGGCACACUUCCUCAAUUAUUUCAAGUGUAUUAAUCCAUUAAAACACCCCUUUUUUGCUUUUCUCAUACAUAUUAUAUCACUUAAUGCACUGCUUACAUAUAAAGUAUACAAAUCACAUUUUCAUGAAUAACUGAUUUUAAUUAUAUUUUUGCUGUUUAAUUUGGUCAAGACAUUGAAUAAGUGAUAUAAAUAUGGAUUUUAAAAAGGGAUCCAUGCACACGGAGAACAAGAUGCUUGAUACUAAUUAUAGAAAACUAUUGUAAUUAUUAACCCCCAAGUCUGUGAUCAUUAUCCACAGAAACUAUCCAUUCAUAAGGGAUUGUGUGAGAAUGAGAGAGCUUUCUGGCACCAUGAGAGUCCAUUUUUAAAAAAAGUAGCUUGAACUAUAGUGUGAGAUUGGGGUUACGAUACACAAGAAAGCAGGCCUGGGGUAUCAGUACUGUAUUUAAAUCCUUUUCAAAAUUGAAUAAACAACUGUGGAUUCCAUCAAAUCACCCUCUGAAUUAUAAUGCUUGUGAGGAGAAUUCUUUCUUUUAGAGUUAAUAACUUCACAAAACAUGAAUCUUCAGGAUUCCUUGGGCAUAAAGCAUGGGAGUUUGGAAUUGGUUUGAAUGUAUAGUGUUGAUAAACUUGAUAGUUCGGUGACUUUUUAAUGGAGACAUACUAGGGUGGCACUGUAUGGUAUAGGAAAAAGGAUGUUCACAACAUUGCUUAAAAUUCAUGCCUAAAUGUGCAAGAGCUGUGAAAUUUGAGAGGCAUAACUAGCUUUAUAAUGUAAUCUGGUUGUUUUAACUAAGAGUGAAGUAAACUUUUUUUUCUCCUUUGUAGAAACCUGUUCCCUUGAGAAAUGGUGGCAUAACUCUUUUCUCCUUUCCGAAAAAUAAAAGUAGAAGUUACUCACUUUUGUAUCCUCUCCUUUGUGUGAUGUGUGAAGAAAUUUUUGCAAUGCUCACUUUGUAAAAUGAAAAUGUUUGAGACUUGGCUCUUUUGAAAAUACCGCUUCAUCUGUAAAUGUUUGAGAGAAGAGUAAAAUUAAGUGUUUAAUAGAGCUGUGCACUCAGUGUGUAGGCUGGCCCUUAUCAAAAGCGAUUAGAUCUGAAGUGCACAAAAUAAAUGCCGAAAUCCUAUUUACUGAUAGCACCUGCUUGCAAUUCAUUUGCUGAGUUUCAUUAAGUGAGCUUCCUUAAGCACAUGCAACUAGCCUCAUUAUUAUAGCUUUAACAAUUGAGUGUCAGGUAAAGUAAAGUCAUGGAAAUUGUCUGUAGAGAUGAGAAAGUUAAAUGCAUCUGGAACAAGUUUGCUUCAGAAGUUGUAAAGAUUUGUCUGUAUGACUUGCCUAUGGGUUUCCUGGGUUGUUUAUAUAUGUCCAAUUUAACAGUUGGAAGACAGCUGUAUUAGCAGAUCAAUGCUGUUGGGUACUUCCUUGUUGGUUCUUCCAGAUUAAACAAGCUAGUUCUUAAAUAGCAACGUAAUUUCAUGUGUGUGUCAUGAUAUGAACACAAAAUAGGAUAAGAGUAGCAUAGCAACAUUCAGUAUGCUCUUCUAAGGAGGAAGUAGACUCUAUACAAUAAAAAAAUGAAGUGCGUUUUAGAAAUUAGUAGAUUUAGAGCAUACUGGUGAUUUUCCAGUUAGAUGGCAAAAGUAUCCAAGGUAUGUGAGGUACUCCAUCAUAUUGUUGCUCACUCUUUCUGUGGAAAGUUAAGCUAUUAGUAUCAUAGAGUUGUUCCACGGCUGCAAAAUGACUUGCUCAGUUAAUUUACCUUUGAGGUGUAUGCAGCGUACUCUUUUAUACAGAUAGAAAACAAUUCUGGUGUUUUAAUCAAUAGAGGUUAACCCUUAGUCUCCACAUUCUGUUUCUUUCUCAUGGUUUUAAGAUUCUGCAUACUUACUUGAAAAUGAGUGGUUACAAUGGACAGUAGUUUGGAUUUGAUGCAUUAUGAUCCUACUUGGUUUCCAUUGUAUGCUUUGGCAAAAAGGAACACUGCUGCAACUGCAUACUGGUCAUACUUUAGAAACAAUAUAUUUUCAAGAUAAAAAUGACUGCCUUUUUCUUUUGAAGAGAUAAAUUGCAAUGUGCAGUCAACUAGAGAUCAUGGAUGACUGCUCUAUUUAUACAUUCAGUCCAGCUGGAUUUUAUAUAAGUCUCAUGCAUAUAUAUUAUCCCUUAAGGUCUCGUUAAUUCUACUUCAACUUUGACAUGUAAGUUUAGGUCCCAAGCCUAAGCUACCUUUUCCUUGCAUAAUUUUGAAUUCUUGUAUGUUAAGCGGAAUUUGGCAGCCAUAAUAUUGGGAUUGACGUUAUUUGCCAGCAGAAGGCUUUGCUCCAUCAUAUUACCUUAUAAAUCAAUUGUAUCUUAAGGUGUCCCAUUUGACAUUCUUUAAGGCGGCAUUCCUGCUUUGCCAUUCUGAUUGUAGUAAGAUUGAAAGGCUGAAUGGUGAUUGAUAUUUUUAGAUUUUAUUUUAAUGAAGAUUAUUACCAGGAAGAAAAAUAGUGCACUUUUGGAAGUAAUUGGUAUAAAAUUGUAUAAAUAAGUAUUAGUUCUGUAUAUAUUUAGGAAUCCUUUUAAAACAGCAAGUGCUUUACAAACUGACUUCAAUUAGACUAGCAAUGAUACCAUGUUCACAAUGCUGGCUGUUCAGCACAUUUGGAUUUUAUUUGUGAUUGCUGUACUAAUUUUUUUUAAAUCUGUAAUGUAACAAUAGUGUAUUAUAACUGUGUACUAUAUUACACUUUACUGUACAGUACUUGGAAUUUUCUUUGAUUGCAAUAUUAAAAAUCUAAGCUGAACUACA